ACGGAAGCCGCCGCAACCCAAAAAAGCUCAAAUCGCCUAACAAGGUGCACGCCAAAAUGUUUUCCAAGAGCUGUCGAGCUACUUCAGUCUUCAACAAGAACACAAUUAUGGAGUCGACAAAGUGGACACGCUUUUGAAUGUUUGUCAGGACUUACAAGUGUAGUUGGCAGCCGUGUGAUGCAAGCUUGAUCUGCAUGUGCAUGAAGAAAAAGUCUGUGAAAGGACUGGCUUGCAAAUGUGCAUGAAGAAAAAGUCUGUGAAAGGACUGGCUUGCAGAUGACACAUGUCUCUGAAAUUGACUGACAAUGUUCUGGCGUGGCCCCAAACAGAAAGAGGCUGCACCCAGGAAGAGAGGAUGAACUUGUCAAGUACACAUUUGUGGACUCCCAUCCCCAGCACAAGCAGUCCGAAGACCGAGUCCUCCUGGAUGGAUCUCAACCCGUCCCCCCUGUGACACAAUGGAGACGCGUCCUCCGGAUGAGCCGGACGAGGCCCAGCUGGACUUCUUCCAUAAGCUGGGAUACUCCACGGCGCAGGUCACGGCCGUGCUGAGGAAGUUUGGCUCCGGCGUGGACACCGACAAAGUCCUGGGCGAGCUGGUUGGGAUGAGGGCCGAGCCGCUGGCCGAGCGGGCCCCCGUGACCACCGUGUCUGUGCUGGUCACCAAAGGGGACGGCCGGUACGCGGAACCCACCGUCAUGCUGCCGCUCGCUUCUUCUCCGAGCCAAGAGGAAGAAGACGUGCUGAGGAAUAUUGUCAUAGAUGGGAGUAACGUGGCCAUGAGCCAUGGGAACAAGGAAGUGUUCUCUUGCUUGGGAAUCCAGUUGGCCGUGGACUUCUUCCUGCAUCAAGGCCACACCAAGGUCACCGUGUUUGUUCCCUCGUGGAGGAAAGAGCAGCCCAGGCCCGAUGUCCCAAUCUCAGAUCAGAGGAUUUUGGAGGAACUGGAGAAGAAGAAGCACCUGACGUUCACACCGUCGCGCCGCGUGGGGGGCAGGCGGGUGGUCUGCAACGACGACUUUUUCAUCGUGAAGAUGGCCUACGAUGAAGACGGCGUCAUCGUGUCCAACGACUUGUACCGCGACCUCAAGGCCGACAAGCCCGAGUGGAAGCGUUUCAUCGAGGCGAGGCUGCUCAUGUACACCUUCGUUAACGACAAGUUCAUGGUUCCUGAUGAUCCACUUGGCCGCUAUGGUCCGAACCUUAAGAACUUUCUUCGGAAGUUUCCGAAGACGCAGAAAACCCCUCUAUGUCCUUAUGGAAGGAAGUGUACCUUCGGACUCAAAUGUAGGUUCCAGCAUCCUGAGCGGGCCAAGCAGUCGACGCUCUCUCUUGCCACCGAACUGCGGGAGAACACAAAGAAGCUCCCCUGGUGCAAAUCCCUCGACGGCGGCCUGGUUCCUGGCGAGAGCCUCCUGCUCAUAGAGAGCAUGGCCAGGAAUUUGACUCUGGGUCCUGAGAAGGGGUCCUUGAAGAAAGACACCCAGGUUAAAGCCGGCCCCUGCACACGGCAGCAGGUCAGUCUAAGUGCUUCUCAUAAGCAGCUGGACUCUGGCGUAGGUUCUUUAGACAGUCAGUACGGAGCAACAUCUGGGAGCUACCAGCCUAUGCAUCCUGGCUCUGCUCCAAUGUCUCCAUGUCUCUGCUGUCCACACGCCUCCUGGACCUCUUUUCAUCAGGUGCCAGCUCGCCACCACAUGGUGCGUUCCGACCUGCCUCCUUACAGCCACGGCGCUCACUUCCAACACGCCCACCAGAUGUACUGGACCGACCCGGUCAGGCACGGUGCGCCCGCCCCCUCUUUCCCGGGCGCCCACUCGCCGAGGGAACCUCGACACAGGCCGACGACAUCCAACCCCAACUCGGAGGAGAGAAAGGUCAUGCGUAAAAAGCUCCUCGCCAUCUAUAGCGCGUACUUGGUGGACGCCGCCAUGGAGAUGUUCCCGCAUGUGGUGGACCCGCAGAUGUUGGUGGCUGAGAUCGUCAGGAUGCAGAGUCACAGCCACCGUUACAGUCAUACUUGCCAACCCUCACGGAUUUCCCGGGAAACUCCCGAAAUUCAGCGCCUAUCCCGAAAACCUCCCGGGACAAAUUUUCUCACGAAAAUCUCCCAAAAUUCAGGCAGAGGCCACGCCCCCUCCAACUCCAUGCUGACCUGAGUGACGUGUCGACAGCUCCGCUUUCCCACAAUAUAAUCAGCGUGCCUGCCCAAUGACGUUAUAACUGUAGAAUGAUCCAGGGUGAGUUCUUGGUUUCUUAUGUGGGUUUAUUGUUAGGCAGUCUCCUUAGCGUCCUCCCAGCGCAGUAACAACACACAACAACAGCAGUCACAUUUUCGUCUACCGUAAAGCAGUUCGUCUGCCGUAAACAGCAAUGUUGUGACACUCUUAAACAGGACAAUACUGUUAUCUACUGUACGUUUUGGGCCAGGCUAGGGAGAGAUGAAAGAUUCCAGAAUCUAGUUCAUCAUGGUUAGAAAAAUAGUGACAGAGAAUAGAACGAAGAUGGACAAUUCAACCCUUAACUCAACAAUGAGUAGAUGAGUGUUAUGUGUGUGUAUAUGUGUAAAUAAAUGAACACUAAAAUUCAA